AUGGCGCCCCUAGAUCCUGCUGUGACCAAGCUAGUCGACCUAGACCAGAAGAGCCUAUACCUUUCUGCCUUUGCGGUUGCUUUUAACCCGCUAUUCUGGAACAUCGUAGCUCGACGAGAGUACCGUAACAAGACACUCACCAAGCUUUUCGGCGGACAUUCGCAAGCUGCCUGCUAUGGGCUAGCUUUCACGAUCUUCUCCCUUGGUCUGGUGCGCGACUUCUUAUACGAGCGUGCCUUGCGCCAUCAACCGUCCUACCCUUUGCUCGAGCUGGACGAGGUGAAAUAUCUGGCAUAUGGACUGCUCGCUGUCGGAAAUAUCCUGGUUAUAUCCUCGACCUGGGCGUUAGGUAUUACGGGCACGUUCUUGGGAGAUUAUUUCGGAAUAUUGAUGGAUGACAUCAUCACGGGUUUCCCUUUCAACAUCACAGAUGCACCCAUGUAUAACGGCUCGACCUGUAGUUUCCUCGGCACAGCGCUAUUAUACGGCAAGCCAGCUGGUAUUCUACUGACUGCUUGGGUUUUCGUUGUCUAUCAGAUCGCUUUGAAAUACGAAAACCCGUUCACGGCUGGAAUCUAUGCGAAGAGGGAAAGAGAACGUGCUGCGGCGGGGACGGGUAGCAAGAAGUCGCAAUGA